GCAAAACAUCUUAAUAGACAGAUCACUAUAUAUUGUUCAUAAUUUAUUUUGAAGUUUAUCAUCCUUAUUCCAUAUCGCCACACCAGAUUUCUAGAAAAAAGGAAUUGUUUAAAAUGACCAUUGGCUUACUGGAGGAAACCUGCAUCAGCUUGAGCUUGAGAGCAAACAUUCAUUUGUUACAGGAAUGGUCCAGAUGUUGGAGUGUUACUUAUUUGAUGGUUCUUACUGAUGUGCUUGGACUGAUAAGCAUGUUUGAUUUGGACUGAGGACAGGACUACACUGUGUCAAAGUAUGAACUUUCCAUCAGAGAAGAAUUCUCUCUGAGAUAGUGGGAAGUUUGGAAUGUGAAGAAUGCGAGACCUAACAGCUCAGGUAACGAGCAGUCUGCUGCAGUUUCCAGAGGUGACUGUUGAGGCGCUUGGGGAAGAUGAGAUCACCCUAGACUCUGGGCUGUGUGGGAAGUUUUCUGGAGACUUAUUUCUAAGUAGGAAAUGGAAAUUGGUAACUGCAAUAGAACCCAUAAGCAAUGACGGAGGAGCCAGUGUGAGCACUCGGCACCUACACCAGAGUCUGCGAUGGCUUUUUGGAGUGGCAGCAGUGGCUACAGAUGUUGGUCAUGUACUUCUGGUUGAUCUUUGUUUGGAUGAUUUAUCUUGCAGUCAGAAUGAAGUAGAAGCAUCAGAUCUAGAAGUUGUCACUAGAAUUCCUGCUGAAGUUCCACAAAGAAGAGAAGCUGUGACCAGAGAAGGGAGGCAUCUCUGUUUUCAAUUACGAAGUCCUUCAGGAAUAGCAGUGUCAACCCUGAGCUACAUAAGCAGAAGCAAUCAGCUCAUUGUGGGUUUUUCCGAUGGCUACCUGUCAUUAUGGAACAUGAAAACAUUGAAGAGGGAGCACUACUCUCAGCUUGAAGGAGGAAGAAUUCCUAUCUAUUCCGUUACUUUUCAAGAGCCUGAGAAUGAUCCUCGCAAUUGUUGCUACUUGUGGGCUGUUCAGUCUACACAGCAAAGUGAAGGUGAUGUUGUGAGUUUACAUCUGUUGCAGUUAGCAUUUGGUGACAGGAAACGUCUGGCAUCUGGACAAGUCUUGUAUGAGGACUGGUCACAGAGAGAUGUUACGUGCUUGCUGAACUCAGGGGUUGUUCACAUGACUUGCACCGGCUUUCAGAAAGAGACCUUGAAGUUCUUGAAGAAAUCUGGUCCUUUAAUAAGUGAAGCUAUUCAUGACAGCUACACUAGGUGUCUUGUAGCUGGCUUGCUGUCUCCAAGACUGGUUGAUGUCCAGCCAUCCAGUUUGAGUCAGGAGGAGCAGUUGGAAGCAGUAUUGUCAGCUGCUGUCCAGACAGGUUCUUUAGAACUUCUGACUGGAUGCAUUAAACACUGGACUUGUAAAGAGCAGCCAAGUUCUGCUGUUAAUUUACGGUUUGUUCUUGAGUGGACAUGGAACAAAGUAAUCUGUACAAAAGAUGAACUGGACCAAAUAUGUUUUACAGACUUGACAAAUAAGCAGCUGGUAACUAGCCUCAUUUCUUUGUAUGCACAAGUGGUCAUCUGGUUCUGUCGAUCCAGUCUCCUUCCUGAGGGUUUAGAUGAUCAUAUGCAUUUGUCUAGACCUUUCUACAAUUAUCCUUUGAUUCAGAGCUACUAUACUGGUCACCGACAGAAACUUCAGCGUUUAUCAAGAGGAAAAUGGGAUUCUGACUGCUUGAUGAUUGAUGGAAUGGUUUCCCAGUUAGGAGACCAAGUUGAGAAGUUGUGGCAGAGAGAUGAAGGAGGAACUGGGAAAUACCCACCUGCUAGUUUACAUGCACUGCUGGAUCUCUAUUUGCUGGAAAGUGUUGAAGAAAGCGACAAACAUGCAAUUACAAUUUACUUGCUGUUGGAUAUCAUGCAUUCCUUUCCAAAUAGAACAGAAACUUCUAUCGACUCCUUUCCAACUGCCUUUGCUAUCCCUUGGGGUCUCGUUAAGCUUAUUCAAGGGUUUUGGCUUCUAGAUCACAAUGAUUAUGAAAAUUCACUGGCCCUGCUCUUCCACCCAGCUACAAUCAAAACUGUGCCGUGGCAACACACGAGAAUUAUUCAGUCCCUCAUGUGCCAAGGAGAGCACAGGCGAGCCCUCAGGUACAUCCAGAUGAUGAAGCCAUCCAUGUCAAGCAGCAGCGAAGUGCGGCUUUUCCUCACUGUGCUGUUGUCCAAUAGGUGCAUGGUGGAGGCUUGGGGUCUGUUGCAGCAACAUACCACUAAAUUAAAUGUAGAAGAACUGUUAAAGCACAUGUAUGAAAUCUGUCAGGAGAUGGGGCUGAUGGAAGAUUUACUGAAGCUGCCAUUCACAGACACUGAAAAAGAGUGUCUGGAGAAGUUUUUACAGACCAAUGCUGGUGUUCAGAAUCAUGAAUUCCUUCUAGUCCACCAUCUGCAGCGUGCCAACUAUAUCCCUGCACUACAGCUGAAUCAGUCAAUGAAGGUUAAUCUUAUGAAUGAUCGUGAUCCUCGCUUGAGAGAAAGAGCAGUUGCCAGAAAUUCUCUGUUAGACCAAUAUGGCAAGAUCCUUCCUAGAGUUCAAAGGAAGCUGGCUGUAGAGAGAGCUAAGCCUUACCGUUUGCCUUCAUCGGUCUUAAGAGAAGUGUCAAGGCCAAAGCCAUUAUCAACAGUAACACGACAGGCUAAUGCAGGAAAUGUGCACACACGAGCAACUUUCAUCAGUAAAGUACUGUCCAAAAUUGGAGAAGUAUGGUUAGGAAAUGAACAAAAACCAAACAUUUCACAAUAUGAUAGUCCUAGAGCUACAGAACCAGCAGUCAUUACACAUCCUCUCCCUGGUACAGAGUUGCCCGAUGCAUUUCUUGGGACACCUGUUACAAAGUUUUCUCAAAAAUGUUCCAGAUUGCUGGAUUUGGUGGUUCGUCCUGUUCCUUCCUGUUCUGCGGCACAGGGUGAAAGCUGGCAGACACCAUGCAGAGCUUCUACUUCUUUUGUGACAUCCAGCCCACUGCAAUCAAGUACACAUCACUCCAUCUCUCAAAAGAAUUUUCCAAGAGCAUCAGAGCUGAAUUUACUGGAGACUCCUCUUGUGGUAAAGAGAGCUAAAGUUUUGGCCACAUCUUCUUCUGGGUUUCCUGGGUUUACUCCUCAGUCUAUUCUCAGGUCCAGCCUUCGCACUACACCCCUAGCAACUCCCUCUGCAUCUCCAGGACGAUCAGUUACUCCUCCACUACGAGCAAAGGAACCUAGAAUAACUUUCAGGGAAGAGAAUUCUAAUGCAAAAUGGACUGUUGGGGUAACAGAAGAUGAUAAAGCACUAUUUGGAGCUUCAUCUGAGCAUCAUGAUGACACGGUAGAGGAUGCUUGGUCUGAAAGUAGAGGUAAAACAACUCUGUUUACUCUGAGCAAUGCUGGGGACAGUCAUGCUGAAUUGCAGGAGUCUUCAGAAAACAUAUCUGGAGGUAAUUUGGAAAAAAUGGAUGUCAGCAAAGAAAAUAGUAACUUCUCUGUCAGAUCAGACCAAACUACUUUGGAGUAUCAUGAUGCAAAAUCACCUGGUGAUUUUGAAGAUGAUGUCAUCUUUAUAGCUGCUAAACCAGCUAAUUCCUCCACUGAAGAAACUGCUGAUGUUCAAGAAUUGGAGAAGGAAGGAGACAGUGAAAUGAUUGAAGAUAAACCUUUCCAGAUGGAUCAACCAGAUCCUUCGGAACCAAGAAAAGAAGAUGGAUUUGUGGAAGAAUCAAAUACUGAAUGUCUUACACUUCCCGAGGAUGAUAAAUUGAUGUUUAAAGCUGCUGAGGCCACUACUUUUGGGGCUACAAAUGAAGGUGAAACAAACUACCAAGAGUCUGAAAUGACCUCUUCAUCAGAAGAAAAAGCCAUAGCAGUUGCAGCAAAUCCACAGCUCUCUGAGUUCCUGGAGACAGACAGUGAAUCUGUGAUAAGUAUCCUUGACAGUGAGGAUGUGGUCAGUAUGCAUUCAGAAAAUCGCCUUGAGAGGAAGUGUGUGGAUUUACCUGAAGAAUGUAACCCUGAAGCAGCUGAAGUUGAAAAAGUCCCUGUUUCUAAUAGUCUUCCUAAAACUGAGGAAAUUCAUGUUAUUGAAGAUACUUCAGAACCACCACCUGAAACAUCACCAUAUAGUGAACUAGAUCCAUCGGGCAGUCUUCAUUAUAGCUAUGAAAAUAUAGAGCAACAGUUUGCAUGUGAUUUGCCUGAUAAUAAAGAUAGUGAAUGUGAUGCAGCUGAGGGAGAUGGAGACCUUUUUCUAUCUCAGAGUAGUUUUAGCUUAGUUUUGGAAGGAGAAGAAGGUGAAGCAGAGAUGGGAGAUCCUACAUUAGUAGAUGCUUGUAAACCAGAAGGCACAACAAUGGAGGAAAAACCUGUGACCAAUUUAGGAAAUACUGAAAGCCAAGAACAUGUUACAAACUCAGUGUCCACUGUAACUGGUGAUCAGGAAUCUCAAAAUACUGCAGAGUCAUUCCCAUAUGUGCCUGAACCCAUUAAGGUUGCUAUUGCUGAGAACUUACUGGAUGUAAUCAAAGACACAAGAAGUAAAGAAUUUACAUCUGAAGUUGUAGAACAAUCUAUUCAUGAAACUAUAGGUAAAAAGGUAACUAGAUUCCAGAAGGCAAAAGCUUUCUUAACACCUGUUCCAGAAAGAGUGGAAGAGGAAACCAGCAGACAUCAAGUAGAGUAUGCCAUUGCUCCAAGAACACGCACAAGGGGACAAAUAAGUAGAAGUCUAAGUAUUCUGUCAGCAGACCCUCAGCAACUACUAAAGACAGGCACACCAGUUCCAUUUGGACUAUCUCCUCGGAGAAGUACCAGGCGAACAAAAGAAGCAUCUGAGACUUCCAGUCUUCAAACAGAGGAAAAUCUUCAAGAGGAGCAAAUACCUGCAGUGCCUGUUACUCCUAGGAGAGGUAGGAAACCUAAACUGACUCAUUUAGAAAAAACAGAAAGCCAUUCUGAUGGACAAACCUCGUCAGACACUACGCAGUCCAUAGCUGUUACUCCAAGAAGAUUAAGAAGAGCAAAGGAAACUGCAUCUGAACUCUCAGAAGAGGCUAAUGAGGAAAUGUCUCUUGCUGAAGGUAGCAUUAUUACCUCUUCUGCUUCCAAAAGGAUUAGAGGAGGAAAAGCUUCAGCUGGAGAUCCAAAAACUGGUGAGACUGACACUGAUCGUAAGAUAAAACCAGCAGUCAGUCCCAGUAGAAGCGCAAGAAAACCGAAAAGCUUUAAUUCACAGUUUACUGAAAAUACUGUUCAGGAUCAAGAGGUGCAGCCUAGUGACCAACUCCUUUUACCUGUGCCAACUAAAAGAGGCAGAAGAAGAAAGAUAAGUUCUUCAGAAGUUUCAGAAAAUUCUGAUCUUGAUCUGUCUAAAUCAUCGCUUCCUCAAACAGAAUUUAAACUUCCUGCCACUCCUAGAAGAAGUGCUAGGAAGGGGGCACAAAAUCUUAUGGCAGACACAGAGUCUACCUCUACUCAGGAAGACAUAAAUUCAGGUGGGAAAGUAGAAGUCCUCGAUACUCCUAGGAAAAGAACUAGAAGAGUGCCACAUGAGAAACCAGAAAAAACGGAUACUCAUGAACAAACACCUGCACAGCCAAGUGAGGAGCCAACCACACCCAGGACUACAGUAAGGACAGGGCGUCGGGGCAGAAAGAGGCGAUCAGUGUCGGAGGAGGCCCUCCCGCAGGGACCUGAUGGCAGUCCUUUGCUGCUUGAAGACAUAAACCCAUCAGGACAUGAUCACACAUUGAGAGCUCUAACAGAUCGUGUUACAAGAACCAGAUCCCGCAAAACUGCCACACAUCAGAAACUGACUGUUGAGGAAAAUGAGUCCUUUCAUUUCUCUCCUCCUCUCACAAAGCUGACAAAGAAAUUUGAAGCUGGAAAAGCAGACCAUCCUAUGCAGUUUAAGGAUUUAGACCCGGAUUUGUCUUCUCAGUUCGUCUUUUCACCCCCUCUUUUGAGGUCAAGAAGAAAAGAUGUAUCUAGCAUUUCCCGAAUCGUGAAAGAACCAGAGCUUCCAACUAAAGAGGAGGAGGAUACCAAAUCCACAGAAUCUGGGGGAAAGCAAAAAUUGAAGAGAGCUAGAACUACAAAAUCAAAAAUUAAGAAAGCAAGCAAAACCACAAAAGAAUGUUCUUGGUCACCUCCACCUGUGGAAGUAAAAUUCAUCUCUCCUUUUGCAAGUCCAGUAGAUGGAACAAAAAGCAAACAGAAAGAAACCACAGAUGCAGCAGGGAAGACUCUAAGAAAGAACAAAAAAAGACUGUCUAAUUUUCCAAAGCCAGUUUUGCGCCGGAAGAUGCUGUAACUGUUUUUUUAAAGUUUAUAAUGUACACCACUGUUUGUAAAGUCAUCAAAAUUGUGUGAAUUAGUAAAAAGAAGAAAAAUCAUCUAAUUUGGAAGAGAUAAUUUAUAUAAAUUAUUGUAAAAUUUCAUAAAAAAUGGUCUUCAGUAAGUAACUCCAUAUGGAGUGUGAUUUCCUCAGUCAAUGCAGUUUUCUAUUUUAUAUUAAGACUUCAUACAUUUAUAUAAUAUGUAAAUACAGCUUAUUUUAGGAAUGUUAAAUAAAAAUGUAUACUUCACAAUGUGCUUACUGUCUGAUAGCUUUUUGAGGGAAUAUUGGGUUGAAUGACCUGUAUUGCUCAGAACUUUUAAUGUUGGUUUGUGGGAGUUACAGACUCUCAAAAGUAAUUCCAAAAGCUUUUGAAAGGUUUGUUUAGAAUUCCUAUAACAAGUAAACAUUUUAAACAUACUAGUUUAAAUUUUAGAAAUUAUGUUUGACCUUCAGGUACAAAUAAUUGGACUCGCAAUACAAACUGGUAAUUCCUUAUGUUCACGGUUAAGUUGUACUGUACUGAAGUCAGAAUGUAAACAAUUGUGUUUUAAGCUGUGCAAUAUUUUUUUGUAUUUGUCUUAAACUUUGGCAGAGCUGCUCUUUAGUUCAUAAAACUAGAUCUCACCUCAGAUGUUUUGCUAUUUCUUACAGUUUGUUGUCAGCAAAAAAUUAACUGUAUAGAUGGUGUGAUGCUUACAAUAGCAUAUCAAAUUUGAAGAGAUACUACCCACAUACUUUGAAAUUUGAGCCAAAAUUAUUUUCGUAAUGUUAAUAUGAAUGCUACUAUAAUUGAAAUACUUACUGUCUGUAAACAUAUUUUGCAGUAUUUGAGGCCUGCAUAUCACAGCACUGAAAACUUGAUGGAAAAGCUAAUAUAAUAGUCUGAAAAAGGUACAAAAAUGUACAGAAAUCUUAGUUACAAACCAUAUUUUUGAAUAAUUAUUUCAUUAACAGUCUUUGGUUAAGGAGUAAAUGUCCCUAUAAAGCUUCAAUUUGUAUAAAUAAAGUCACAAACCUAUUCUUUUAAAAGCAGACAUGGAAGUACUAUUUUGAUGUGCAGUCUUUUAGACAAUGGAUUAUUUUUCUGUAUGUUAAUUUAUAUAUGGAUGCAACUUAGAAGACUACAGAAUGGUGGAACCUGAUAUUAAACUUUUCAAUUAGUAAAAACUA